AUGUCAAAAAGGUCACUCUCCGAGGCAUGGCCUCUUGACACUCCCGAAAAUCUUGACUCGGUAAACUUGAUCAUUCACCAAGCGGAAGAUUUGUUGCGAGCUGCACAUGAUUUCAAGCAUGGCAUCAUGGCAGGAAAGCCCCAUGAACAUGGCAAUGCAGACCAUCUUAAGUCGAUUGUUUCUGAGAUAUCCUCGACACUAGGGAACCUGGACCACGAACCUUCAGCCUCGCACAUGAAAGCCAUCAGAUUGGAAAGCUCCAGAUCUGUGUCGAGCCAGGCCCCCAUCGCGGUCACACUCACGCCAUGGACACAAGACGACCUGCAACAUCGUAAGCCUCCAUUAGAGAGUAUUCAUAAUGCUUCCUUGGAACGGGCAGUCUUCACCCAUUGUGGUAUUUCGAGAAAUGUAGCCGAGAAUUACGAACGGCUGGAAUGGAUUGGCGAUGCGUACCUCUAUCUUAUGUCAUCUGCGUUCAUAUAUCAGACAUUUCCCAACUUGCCAGCAGGACGAUGCUCUCAAUACCGCGAGUUGCUCGUCCGAAACAAGACACUCGCUAGAUAUACACAGGAGUAUCAGCUAGAAAGGCGCCUGCAGCUCCCACCCGAGUUCCUGGGAGGAAACGAAUUUGCUCCUGCCACGAAAAAAGUGUAUGAUAAGAUCCAAGGCGAUCUAUUUGAAGCAUACAUUGCGGGUGUCAUCUUGGGUGAUGCAGAUCAAGGGUUGCGGCGCGCCUCGUCAUGGGUUAAGACGUUGUGGACGACCGAGCUCAGAGAAGAGCUCAGCAAAGAGUUCAGAUACCAGCAAGCAGCCCCCAGAAACAGCUCUCUCCACAUCCCGGGCGUUCAAAGUCCAGACUCUCAAGCGGAAACGACACCUCAGGCUAGGAUCGUGGAGAUGAAUGCGAAGGUCCAGCUUGCGCAAGCCAUCGGGGCCAAAGGUAUCAGAAUUGACUAUAAGGACGAAGGCGAGCCUAAGAAGGAGAAGAAGACUGGGUUGCCUUGGUACACCGUCGGCGUCUACCUCGAUGGAUGGGGUGUCAAGAGCUUCAAAUUAGGCUAUGGCAGUGCCAUGAGCAAAAAGGAAGCAGGAACCAAAGCUGCUCAAGCUGCUCUGGAUAACAGGAAGAUGAUCAGCCGCUUUGAGCAGAAGAAGCAAGAGCACGACAAAAAGAUGAAGGAACAGGCGGCUUACGCGGAGUGGAAGGCAUAA